AUGAUGUGGUCCAAAUCGUUUAUAAACAAAUUUCCAACAUUUGAUGCUCAAUAUGCUAUUGAAUUGCUUCAUUCACUUGGUUCAAUAUUUGAUAGUAAUUAUUCAACAAACGAAAAUCUUCGAAAUAAGAUGAUUCAAUUAGCUAAACGAGAUGAUAAAUGUUUUUAUCAAUUAGCAUUGUAUGCCUAUAAAAACCUUCAAGAAAAUAAUUCCUUUGAUUUAACAACUGUUUUUAAUGAUGAAGAAUUCACUGCCAUGUACGAUUUUCAUCAGCAAGAUGUAGAAAAUUCAGACAAAACUCAAUCAUAUCAAGUGGCGGCUGUUCAUGUUACUUCAACCUCAACAUGUAUUAUGCCACUAGAAGCAACACAAGGACAUCGUGCUCUUCGACAUAAAGCUUUCAAUGGUAUUAAUGAUUUUUGUCUUAUAUAUUUGAAACCAGAUCCACCAGCCAAAUAUGUCAAUAAAUGCCUUCGAUUCCAACAAGUAUUCAAAUCCGGCAUUGAAAUUUGUAAUAAUCAUUAUUAUUUUUUUGGUGCGUCGAAUUCUCAAUUACGUGAACAUAGUUAUUGGUUUAUAAGAGCAACAUCUCUGGAAGAAGCUCAUCAAAAACGACAAAAAUUAGGUGAUUUUGGUGGCAUCACUAAUAUUGGCAAAUAUGUAGCACGAUUAGGUCUAUGGUUUACUAAGAGUAAUCCAACUGGGAUUAAACUUAUGUACAUUUCGGAUCCACAAGAAUUCAAUUCAAGAGUUCAACAAGGAGAUAUAUGUGUAACAGAGAUCAAUGAUAUAAAACGAAACGAGUAUUAUUUCACAGACGGAAAUGGAUUGAUUUCUAAAGGUUUGGCAAGAAUAAUUGCUGAACGACUUAAUUAUCUUGUUAAAUAUGAACAGAAUGAAUUAUAUCCUUCUGCUUAUCAAAUUCGAAUAGCUGGUUGUAAAGGUAUUGUUAUUAUCGAUCCCGAUUCUACUUUAAAGCAAUUCUAUAUUAAAAUUCGUCCAUCAAUGAAAAAAUUUGACUGUGAUGAAUGGGAUUUAGAUAUAUGUGAAGAAAGUCAACCGAUUCCAACUCGACUUAAUAAUCAAAUCACUAUACUAUUAUCGGAUCUUGGCAUACACGACUCGAUAUUUCUUGAACUACAAGAAAAAUGGUUCAACAAUAAAAAGCAACCACCACGUAGUAAAACAGUAAAUAUAUAUACAUAUAUAUCAGGCGGUCCAGAAUAA